AGUCGCGUGAUUGACGCUGAUGACCAAGAGAGUGAUAAACCGAAAGAAGUAAUUCACGUGCCGACAUCAUUGUGUAUAUUAUUGAUAGCUGGUUACAUCUUCUCCGGUGCUUUACUAUUUUCACUGUGGGAAAACUGGGAUUACUUAACCGGAUCCUAUUUCUGUUUUAUUACAUUGAGUACUAUUGGAUUCGGAGAUAUUGUGCCGGGGACGGACCUACAAGCAUGGGCUGGUGAAGAAAAGCUAGUACUAUGUGCGCUAUAUCUAGUAUUUGGACUAUCGUUGAUAGCUAUGUGUUUUAAUCUCGUUCAAGAAGAUGUUAAAGCCAAGUGUCGAUGGCUC